UGCACUCUCCGUGGUCACUCUCUUGUGUUACACGCGGAUGGUGGGACGGACAAUGUUUAUUCAUAAAAACGUGCAACAUCGAGACUUAUUUCGUUUGACACAUUACUUGCGCUUAUGUUUAUGUCAAAACAAAUGCGUUUGUGCGUAAACAAAUAUUUUUGAUUAGAAUUCGGUGUAACUAAUCUCGAAAAUAAUUAUUUGAAUAUUUACUUGAAAUGAGUUCUCCUGAUGUGCAUUCUAAUCAAUUCGAUUGUUCGGAGGUGAAAACUGACGACAAUGCCAACUGCUGCAUUUGUGAUAAUUUGUGUCUUAGCAAUGAGUAUUUAAGCUGCAUGAUAUGCGAAUACAAAACGCAUAUAAAGUGCCUGAAGAGUAAGUGCACUCCUGGUGAUUUGCACGGUGAUGUCUUUUUUGACAUGACUUGCUCUAAUUGUGUGGCGGAAAACUUUAAUGCAGCAUCCACAUCAACGGCGAUUGUGCGAGAAAAGUUUGAACGCCAACAGUUGCCGUGGCUAAUGAUUAUCACGCUGACAAUAUAUAAUUUGUCGAUAAAGGCGCAAGGAUUGAGUAAUUGCGGUUAUUUUCAUUGGCGUUCACACAUUUGUAGUUUUAUUGAUAAAAACUGGAAUAUAUUGUUUCCACAAACGACUCGUCGUCGAAAGAAUUGGAUUGGUUCGAUAUCAGGUACAUUGUCACAUAACAACCCUAAAUUCUUUUUGUCAGGACACGAAGUAUUUAACGAAGCUGGUUGGUGGAAAUUGGCAUUUUCAAACUAUACACCACUUCAAAUUUUCACUAUAUACAAGAAACAGUUGGAUAAACGACAAAAAAAGCGAAGUAGGAAGGCCGAAGAAGAUCAUGACGAUACCAGUGAGAACUCAGAUACAUCAAGUGAUGCUCCACUCAAAGCAAAAAGAAACUGUAUACAAAGCUCCGAGCAUGAUUUAGAGUCAACUAAGUCUUGUGCGCGGUCAAUACCAUACAUGGGACUUAAAUCAAAAAACAAUCAAAAGAUUGUGAAAAAUAAUGCUAGUAAUAAGAAAAGUUCUCAAGAACAAAAUUUAAGCACAGUACAGUCUAAUCUGCUUGAUUUUCUAGCUGAAAGUUUUGGCAACGAUGAUUUCUCAUAUUUUAGCGAUUUUUCAAAUAUGGAAUCUGAACCUUUGAAUAGCGAAGAUAAAAGCGAAUAUUCCUCUUUAAUUGAUACUCAUAAUCAUCAAAUAGAAUUAUUCGAUAGCGGAGUUGCGCAAUUCGGCACAUUUGAGAAUCCUUUUGAAGCACUAGAUAACGACUUCAUGUGCAAAAAAUUCAAUGAUCAUUUCGAAAUACAAGCCGGUAAUAACUUGCUCGGCAAUGAAUCAACACAUAAUUUAGAUUUUCGCAAUGAUAAAAAGGCAGAGCAAAGCUUACAAACAACAGACUGUUAUCAACCGCGCUUACUGCAAAUAACCACAUUUGAGAAAAACUCGGGUUCAAAAAAAAUUUUAGUCAAUGCCGAAAAUUCCAAAAACUUAAAUGAGUCGGAUAGUGAAAAUGUAUCGGAUAACAGUCAUAGUGAGCCGCAAACAAAAAGGAAUGUCAAAAGAAACAAACUAGAAUCGAUUAUUACACCAUGUAAACCAAAUUUAUUUACAAAGAAACAAGAUCGUGCCUUCCCAUGGGUGGCAACUGAAAAUGUAGAGAAAUCUACAAAUACGCAAGAAGGAGUUUCAUUAAAACCAGAAAAAAGAUUAGCUUUAAUAAGCAUAUACGAGGAGAAAGAACUUUUAACAAAAUUUCGGAAAGUGUUUUCUUUAGAAAAAAAUUCAUUGUCUGAUAUUCCUGCAUAUGUUAGACGUUUUUACAGAAAGCUCUGUAUUCGUGACUAUAACCGUUCACACAACAAAAAUUUGUUCAAUAUACAUAAUCAUUUGAAAGGCAGAAAUAAUUUAAUUGAAUCAAAGUCAAAAAUCAUAGAUCGUUUUCAUCUCAUUUCAUUAACUCCACAAGAAAGUCUCAAAACCUUCAACGCUCGUAUGGCUGGUAUCGUGGAAUACGAAGUGUUUGAAUCGCCCUAUUCAUUGAGAACGCUACAUCCUUUCAUAUACAGGGAUACAAAAUGUAUGCCACUUAUGCUACAGUUACACUGUGAAUUACAACUGACUAUUAAUAGCGUAUAUUCUAAACGCGCUUCCAUUGAUUAUUGUUACGUACGUCCAAACCAUAUACCUGCUAUAAAUGCCUUAUUAGAAUGCGAAUUUUGGCCAGGAAUCGAUAUGUCUGAAUGUUUGAGUUAUCCUGAUUACACAGUUGUGGCUAUGUAUAAGAAGCUUGUCGUAGGCUGCGCAUUUCUAACACCUGAUGUUGGCUACAAUGAAGCAUAUUUAUCUUUCAUGGCUGUUCGAUGUGGUUGGCAACGUUGUGGAAUUGGUUCGUUCAUGCUCUACCAUUUGGUCCAGACUUGCAUGGAUAAAGACAUCAUCCUGCACGUAUCAGCAUCCAACUCAGCAGCGUUAUUAUACCAAAAAUUUGGAUUCAAAUUCGAGGAAAUUAUAAUAGACUUCUAUGAUAAGUACUUACCAAUCGAUUCAAAACAGUCACGAAAUGCAAUUUUUUUAAGACUGGCGAGGUGACAUGUUGUUUAAGUUAUUUUUAUAAUA